AUGUUCUUUAUCUACCCCACCCCGCAGUACCCGCGGCGGACACUGGAGUUCGUCUUCAAGUCCCUCUACACGCUCGCCAACGCUGUCCACUUGGCGAGUUUGGUGAUCUUCAUGUCUGACUUCUUCAUCCGUCUGAGCAAUUCGAUGCCGUCAUACUACCGCAACCGCAACCUCGUCAUAUCCGACAGCAUCCUUUUGGUCAUGGAGAAUUGCACCUACAAUGGAAGCAUCCUCCUGGGCAAUGUGCGCGGUACAGUGGAAGUGACGUCAGGCAACAUCGGCUAUGGUCUCAUGACGAUGGCACAGUACGUGACGGGGAUUUUCGUGCUCGAGUUUUUGCUCCUCGCCAACAACCUCGUUGCUGCACUCAACUACACCAAGGGCAACCGUCACCUUCGCAUCUUCGGCGUACACGUCCCUCUCUACCACAUCACCGUCAUGCUGACACAGGUGUACUCCAUUGCCAUCGUUGUGCUCGUGUGGGCCUUCGACGGCAACCGGCAGCUCUUUCAGCGCGCGCUGCAGUACUGUGCAGAGCAGAUGCGGGAGACUAACUACGAACAGCUGCUGAAUAGCGAGUUCGACAACUUCACCAUCUUCUCUGCCAUUGUGUACUUGCCGUUUGCGGCGACGUGUGUGUCCGAGCUUAUUUACAUAUCUGCGGUCAUCGUACUGUGCUACUUCUCCAGCGACGAGGGGAUCAUAUUGCUCUCCGAGGCAGACGCGCCGUGGGAGUCUCGCGGGCUCCUGUGCAACACCUCCAAGCCGCUGCUGAAGCUGCACACGGCACAGCGCAACGCCAUCAUCGAAGACGCACGCAACGCGAUCAAGAAGGGGCAGAAAGUGCGGAUUGUCCGCUCCUACCAACUCACCACGGAGGAGGCCUUCGUGGCGCUUGUUCAGGCAAUGCGAGAACAGGUGGCGCGGGCGUUGAAGGAGAAGCAAUUUGAGCAGCUGAAGAGGACCUUUGGUGACAACGAGUCGCAGUUGGACAAGAUGGGGUUUGCAUGGAGGGAGAACCUGAUGGCUGCCCGGCCCGAUGAAAUGAGCGGAGGCGUUGAGGGUGAGUUGCCCAGCGGCCUCGAAGCCGGGCCGGGAGAUCAGUUUUUCGACGUUCCCUUUGAAGACUACUUCACAGAAAACGAGGCGAACGGCAUCGAUCGCGGACGCUUUGGUGACAACGACGGCGCUGUGGGUAGGUCGGAGGUGAUCUACAGUGAUGAGCCCCUUUCGAUUCAUGAGGGCGGCUUCGGCGACGACGGUGAUACCUACGGCUACUGGAACAACGCCUUCACACUUGACCCUGCAGAUAACAGCGGUGCCAUCCAAGAUGCAUGGUCGCCGCAAGAAGGCGAGUACACAAUGGAAGGCGCUGGCGAGAUCUACGACCCGUCACAGUCGCAGCAAUACUCCCAGGGCGCGUCACACACGCACCACCGGCGCCGUCAUCGCCGACGACACCGCGAUGACGCGAAGGACGACAUCGACGACAGGGCAGAGCCAAGCCCUCGCAUGCCUCUGCAGGGGCAACAAAGAGUCUCCGGCAAGGGCGACCUUCACGGUGGCGAUACGUACGUAAGCCCUUCGAACUACUACAACGCAAAUGAUGGCAUGGCGUAUGGCGGCGGUGGCGACUACGCCCUUGGAACCGGCCAGGGUGGCAGGCUUGAGAGUACGAAUAGCAACUACCCGCUCAGCACACGAGAAAGCGGGCAGCGGCGACAGAACCGUGGACGGCAAGCAGGGCUUGAGCAAGAGGAUGACGUAGCCGACGAGCUCUCCGACGAGUUUGGCUGA